GUUAACAUUGUGCACAGUGUAUUUUUUUCUCCUCUUCUCUCCUUUUCUUUUCAGACAUGCAAAAUUGUUCCAUACAGCCAUAGAUGUGUCUCCCUGCUGCACUGCCUCUGUCUUUUCUCUUCCAGAAACUCAAGGGCCUGAAUUAGCAGGCAGAGAUAUCUAAAAUCUGCUAUCAAAUCUGGAUGGAAACUGGAAAGGGGAUGAAUAGCAGAAGGCAAGAAAGAGCAAAGUUGGUUAUUUUUCUGGCACAUGGAUGCAAUUACGCUCAGUGCAUUCCAGAGGCGUUCCUUUGAAUUCUGUGCAGGUCUGCCUACCAUUCCUGGGAGAAAGGAAGAAAAAGGGAGGAAAAGUCUCUCUCUCUCCUGGAGACGGAAUGUCUGCACUUUCCAUCCUCUUUUUAGCUUCCUGUUCAGUUUGGAUGUCAGGGGCUCAAACGGAGUUUAAGAGGGUGGCUGAGGAAAACGUCACUCUGCCCUGUCACCACCGUCUGGGCCUCCUGGAGCCAAGAAGCCUGGAUAUUGAGUGGCUGCUGCAUGAUUCCAAAGCCGACCAAAAAGUGGUUAUCACCUACUCUGGAGGCAACGUGUAUAAUGACCUGAAUGAGGGGCAAAAAGGUCGUGUUUCCUUCACCUCCAAUUUCCUAGCUGGAGACGCCUCCUUACGCAUUGUAUCUCUGCAGCCAAGUGAUGCGGGGCAGUACACGUGUAAAGUUAAAAAUGCCGGGCAGUAUGAGUGGUAUCGCAUUACCCUGCUUGUUCUAGAGAAACCUUCCAAGCCCAAAUGCUGGGUGGAAGGAGAGCUUUUUGAAGGAAAGGAACUCUCCUUGCAGUGCAAUUCUGCCUCCGGCACAGCACCCAUCAAGUACCAGUGGCAGCGCAUAAGUGACAAGGAAGGAAAAAUCGGGCACUUGCCACCCACGGCACGAGUCAACAUUUCUAACCCUGGGCAAGUUCUAAUGAAGAAUCUCACACAGAUGGUUACAGGGUUAUACCAAUGCACUGCCUCCAAUGACGCUGGACAAGAGACCUGUGUUGUGCAGGUGACAGUGCAGUACGCACGAAGUGUUGGCAUGGUCGCCGGAGCAGUGUGUGGGGUGGUGGUGGGAAUCUCCUUGGUCUUCCUGAGCGUGUGGCUGACAAUAAGGAGGAAAGAAAAGAAGAGGUAUGAAGAAGAGGAGGCCCCAAAUGAAAUCAGAGAAGAUGCAGAGGCUCCAAAAGCCCAUCUAGUCAAACCCGGCUCCUCUUCCUCUGGCUCCAGAAGCUCACGUUCAGGCUCCUCCUCAACCAGAUCGACAGCCAACAGUGCCUCUCGCAGCCAACGGACUUUGUCCACGGAAGCCACCCCUCAUAUAACUCCUCCGCAGUACAGCCGGGUGGAGACAGAGGGAAGGGAAAUUGAUCCAAAGAAAGUUAACCAUGCCACCCUGGUGAAAAUGGGAGCCACCCCAGUCAUGCUGCCUGCUCAGAGCCGGGCCUUCCAGACCGUUUGACUGCCCACCUGCUAUUCUGAGACUCCAGCCAUCCAGAACUACUGUACACGCCACCAGCCAUAUAAGAAUAAUUAGAUUAGCUUAUCUUCCUGGGUAGUUUUUUCUUUUAACCACUUCUGAUUAUUCACUCCACAAGAAGCCCUCAACUUCAUCUCUUUCUGCAUAUUCCUACACUGCGGUUCAGACACUGAUUUUUUUUUAAAAGAGUUCUGAAGUUGAAGAAAAAAGUGGGCUUUAUUUUGUAGUUAAUAUUAAAAAAGGGAAUGUUGGGUACUCUGAAUAUAUAGCUGAAAAUCUGGACAGCUGAGCACUGUGAAAAUUAAGUGUAAUGUUCUGGGGCCUGGAAACAAAUCUCAGGAUUUUUUAAAAAGGGAUCAUCAGAGGCACAAGACGUAAAAUAUUCCGGUGGGGUUUUGAAAAAAAUCUUUUCUACAGGUUUUUGAGAAAUUGAUAAAUGAGCCAUUCUCUUGUCCUCCGAGGCAGUAUCUUAGGUGAGGAUAGUCCUCUGAUCACCUUCAAAGCGAAUUGUCAGCUGUUUCAUAUUUUUGCAUUACGCCUUUUAGCAAAAUAACUGUGGGAGGCAAAAACUCAAACCAAAUGGCAAAUGAUAACUCAAAUCACUAUUGAGAAGCAGCAGUAUUGUAACAGAUAGAAGUAACCUUUGUGCUGAAGAAAGGACCUUCAUUGUUAGGGGGUGCAGGUACAGUAAUUGCAAGAGGAAACUGAAGACUGAGUGAAUAUCGACAUGGUCCCACUGUAAAGGAGCCUGAUCCUGCUCUUAUUAACACCACUAUAAAACAGCAGAAGGUACUAUAAAAGGUAAAAUCAGUCUAUGUGAGAUCAUAAUCAGGCCCUGAAUCCCAAAUAAAGGAAGUCCCUUGUGAGGUGAGGGCUAGUGAUUGAAUAGCAUAAGAAGCCCUGGAGGAUGAACUUGGAGUGUGUCCUUCUUGGUACCAGAGAUGAUGAUGCACAAGUCUGGGAUGAGCAGUAUUGCAGAAGCCUUGUGAACAGUCCCGCAGCUGAAUGAACAAUGUGGUGGAAUUGUCUCGCAUACUUCCAAGUAAGGGCUGAGGUGCAUUGGUGGAGCAUGCUGUGAGGCAAGCACACAGGGAAUAGACAACCAAUUUAAAACUAAUUUGAAAUCAAAAACUUUUGUUAUGCAAUACUUAAUUCACCUGUGGAACUCAAUGUCACAUGAUAUUACUGAGGUAAGAAAAUAGCAUGACUCCAAAAAGUAUUAGACAUUUACAAGAAACAUACAAUUUUAUAUUAGAUAGGGUAAACAUUUAUAGGGAAUAUAAACCCUCAUUCUUCAACUUAUAAACUUUAGGGAUAAACUUCCCCUGCGGGCAGAUUAUUCCAUAAUUGCCCAGCAUGGUAUUUAUUGCAUCUUCUUCUGAAGCACUUGGUAUUGGCCACUGUCAGGCACAGGACACUGGACCAGAUGGACCAUUGGUCUGAUCCAGCAAAUCCUAUGUCCCUGUAUUCCUAAAUUCAGGACUUAAUAAUUAUGGUAACUGAGUUUUACUCUUACCAAUGGGAGAGGAUUUUCUCCAUCCCAUGGAAGAAGUCCAUAGGAAAUGUACUGGUACUGUACAGAGAACUGAGCAAGUAUGAAUCUGUAAUUCUUUAAUUUGAGGGAUUAAAGUUAACCUCCUUUUCUGACAGAGGCAAAGUAUUUUAGACUCUUUGAUGGAGACUUUAGAAAAUAAUGGCUUGUGAUGUCCCCCAGAGGCACCAAAACAUGAUCAAACACAAACCUCUAAAUGUUUCUUCUAUCAGGAGAUAAGAGUUCCAUAGCCAUUUGGGGGAAUCCAUGAGGAAUUUUAGAUGGCCUGUAUUCUUGGAGAACUUCACUUUCUAAUAACAGUAACCAACCCCCUUAAUCUUCAUAAGCAAAAAUAUUCACUUCCCUCCCUUAUCAAAACUACAAUAUUACCACUCUCAGAGGUGCAACAUAUCAGCAUUGUUGUGUAAGGGGAACAGUCUGGAGUCACACAUCUAAUCUUGAAAGGUCAUUGCAAAAGCCCCAAAUUAUAUCAUCUUUUGGUUAGAUCUUCUGCUUUCAUGCCGCAGUGCAUGGUGUUGGCCAUGAUAUUGUUUUACUUAUGAUCUUUUCAAUACUAGCCAAAAUGCAAAGAUGUUUCUCAUUGACCUACCCCUUCAUAAACAGGUGGUUGAAAUUAAGGGGUUGUCUACUGGUGAGGUUGCACCAUUUAAUUAAGCACAUGCUUUAAAAUCAAUGCAGUUAAACCUGUGCAAAAGACUUAACCAACAUUACACCUAGUUUGUAUUGAUUUAGCUCAAGUUGAUUAGGAGCAGGUUGAAGCUAAACUGAAAUAAGCCAGUCUUAAACCAAAAUGAGUGUUUAUUCAGGAGUUUGCACCAGUUUAACUAACGGCUUGUCUACACUUAAAUUCUUCCAUCAACCUAGUGCAGUCUACACGGAGAUUUAAGUUGGCUUAACUACGCCGCUAUGGGGUGUGGAUUUUUCACACCCCUGAGCGACAUAGUUAUGCCGACCUAAUCGUCUCAUGUAGACCAGGCCGAAGUUGGUUAAAAAAAACUAUUUAAGUUAAACCAGUGCAACCUGUGUAUGUAGUGGGGGAAGUGGGACUUUUUAAGUAGUGCAUAGCUUUUGUGUUGGCCCUCUGCACAGAGAUGAAUCUCACCAGUUGUUGUUUAAUGAUAACAGAAGGCUACAAUUUUACCCAGCAUACCCUCAGUAAAUUCUAAGUCGUUGCUGGGAACAUGUAUUUCAUAUAAGUAAGUAUUGUACUAACUUCCUAAUUACAGAAAUCUAUAACUGAGCACCCAGAGGCUUAUUACCAGAGCAUGGAAGUUAAGGAUUCGAAAAACUGAGUUGGCUUAGCUGAUCUAGAUACAAGAUACUGUAUAUUCUUUUUGAGCCUUUACUUGAUACUCUAGAUUCCCAGCUAAACUUGCCAUUCUUUUUUUGAAACUAGCAAAGUACAAGCCAUGAAACUGCUGUUCAGACAGGUUACCAAUGAUCUUACAGGUCUAAAUGAAGUCAACACUGAACUUCAUUGCUAAAUAUGAAACCAAAAAGAAAAAAGCUAACUAAACAAAGGGAAUGCGAGGAAGAGAUUAUUUCAAAGAAUCAUAAACAUUUCAUUUUCAAAGGGACAUUUUCUGAGUUCAUCAUGGCACAAUCAGGAGUUUUUGAAGGGAAACAAAUCAGUUAACUCAUAAGCCAAACUUUUUGUAAAAUAUUGUAUUUAAAGCAUUUACUGUUAGGAUGUAUACCAAUUAUUGCUAUGAUGUGAUUGCUUACAUUCUUAUGUAGUUUUAUUUUGUUUCUCAGUGGCUAAACUGAGUUUACUUCUCUCUUCUAGUACCUGCUAUAAUUGGUGUACUUGUCCUGUGUCUGAGCAACACAGAGGAAAACAAAUAUUUAUUAUAGAUUCCUUUGAAUCAACAAUUUAAUAAAACUGUUUGGUUUUUUUUGGUUUUGGUUUGUUUUUUAAUAAAGAUGCUGCACUUAAAAA